ACAGACUGAUCCUGCAGAUCGGGCCAGGCUCCGCCAGGGUCGGCGAAGCCAGGAGUGAUACUCAUCAAAGAGAAGUUUCACCCACCUCAAGGAUUUUGGGGACUCUCUCCUGUGUCUGUCCGAAAACUUCUAGUUUUAGUGGCCACGACGCACAUUGCACGAGAAGGCGGGGAUGAAUGAGGAAAGAGCCAGACUUCUCAGAGGUCAGUCUGUUCAACAAGUGGGACCCCAGGGCCUUCUGUAUGUUCAGCAAAGAGAGCUUGCAGUGACCUCCCCAAAGGAUGGCUCCAUCUCCAUUCUGGGUUCUGAUGAUGCCACUACUUGUCACAUUGUGGUCCUAAGGCAUACAGGUAAUGGGGCAACCUGCCUCACACAUUGUGAUGGAACUGAUACCAAAGCUGAAGUCCCCUUGAUAAUGAGCUCCAUAAAAUCCUUUUCUGACCACACUCAGUGUGGAAGGCUGGAAGUGCACCUUGUAGGAGGCUUCAGUGAUGAUAGGCAGCUGUCACAGAAACUUACUCAUCAGCUUCUUAGUGAAUUUGACAAACAAGAUGAUGAGAUUCACUUAGUGACAUUAUGUGUGACAGAAUUAAAUGACCGGGAAGAAAAUGAAAACCACUUUCCAAUCAUUUAUGGCAUUGCUGUCAACAUUAAAACUGCAGAGAUUUACAGAGCUUCCUUUCACGACCGUGGUCCAGAGGAACAGCUUCGUGCUGCAAGAGCCUUAGCAGGAGGCCCGAUGAUUAGCAUUUAUGAUGCAAAGACAGAACAACUUCGAAUAGGCCCGUAUUCCUGGACGCCAUUUCCACAUGUGGAUUUCUGGUUGCAGCAAGAUGACAAGCAAAUACUAGAGAACCUUUCUACUUCUCCUCUGGCUGAGCCCCCCCACUUUGUUGAACAUAUUAGAUCUACCUUGAUGUUUUUAAAAAAAUUCCCAUCUCCAGCAAAUAUACUGUUUCCUGGAAAUAAAGCUCUCCUCUACAAAAAAAAUGAAGAUGGCUUAUGGGAAAAGAUCUCUCCAGGGAGCUAACAUCCAAGUUACCAAAGAACACAGCUCUUUGGCCUGAUAGAGACCAUUGGUGUUUUGGAAUCUACAACUGUGCAGUUUGACUUCUUCCUUGCUUACUAUCUUUCAAAAUAAAAUCUUAUUUUGGCAAAGGCA